GAUUUCUGAGGAAGAAGAAAACGGAAGCCUGACACGCACUGGGAGUGGGUGGGGAUUCGGCGAACGAUGAAGGGCCGGCGGCGGCGGCGCCGAGAGUACUGCAAGUUCGCGCUCCUGCUGGUGAUCUACACGCUGGUGCUGCUGCUUGUCCCCUCCGUGCUGGACGGCGGCCGAGAUUCGGACAAGGGCGCUGGGCACUGCCCUGGCCUGCAGCGUAGUCUUGGAGUGUGGAGCCUGGAGGCGGCGGCAGCGGGCGAGCGCGAGCAGGAGGGUGAGGCGCGCCCCGCUUCGGAGUGGGGCGCAGGCCAUUCCCCAGGGUCCCCAGGCAACUUUAGCGGUGCCGUCGGGGAGACGGUGUCUCGAGAAAAACAGCACAUCUACGUGCAUGCCACCUGGCGCACUGGCUCAUCGUUUCUUGGUGAGCUUUUUAAUCAGCACCCGGACGUUUUCUACUUGUACGAACCCAUGUGGCAUCUCUGGCAGGCACUGUAUCCGGGCGAUGCCGAGAGCCUGCAGGGCGCGCUGCGUGAUAUGCUGCGUUCGCUCUUCCGCUGUGACUUCUCGGUGUUGCGACUGUACGUGCCGCCAGGGGACCCAGCUGCACGGGUCCCGGAUGCAGGCAAUCUCACUACGGCCACUCUCUUUCGCUGGCGGACCAACAAGGUCAUCUGCUCACCGCCAUUGUGUCCCAAAGCUCCCCAUGCCCGCGCUGAAGUGGGUCUAAUCGACGAUACCACUUGUGAGCGCAGCUGCCCACCCGUGGCGCUUCGAGCCCUGGAGGCUGAGUGCCGCAAGUACCCGGUGGUGGUCAUCAAAGAUGUUCGCCUCCUUGACCUGGGUGUGCUGGUGCCCCUGCUUCGUGACCCCGGGCUCAACCUGAAGGUGGUGCAGCUUUUCCGUGACCCCCGAGCGGUGCACAACUCGCGCCUCAAGUCCAGGCAGGGGCUGCUGCGCGAGAGCAUCCAAGUGCUGCGCACCCGCCAAAGGGGCGACCGCUUCAACCGCUUGCUGCUGCCACAGGGUGUGGGAUCUCGCCCGGGUGUGCCUUCACGGUCACUGCCCGCAGCGCCACGCGCCGAUUACUUCCUAACGGGCGCGCUCGAGGUGAUCUGUGAAGCGUGGCUGCGAGACCUACUCUUCACACGUGGCGCACCUGCCUGGCUGCGGCGGCGCUAUCUGAGGCUGCGCUAUGAGGACCUGGUUAGGCAGCCGAGCACUCAGCUGAGUCGCCUGCUGGGCUUUGCCGGUCUGCGUGCGGUCGCGGCGCUAGAUGCCUUUGCGCUCAACAUGACGCGCGGCACAGCUUAUGGGGCCGACCGCCCCUUCCACCUGUCGGCGCGAGAUGCCCGCGAGGCUGUACACGCCUGGCGUGAGCGCCUGAGCCGCGAGCAGGUGCGCCAGGUGGAGAUGGCCUGUGCUCCGGCCAUGCGUCUUUUGGCCUACCCUCGCAGCGGAGAGGAGGGCGACAGCCAGGUGCCCAGUGACGAGGAGACUCCGUUGGAGACUGAGGCUAAAGGCGCAACAUAGCACUGCCACCUCCCGGUUGCCAAACCGCGCGCUCCUGGGGGCAGAUUCGGGUCAGUACCACGAAGAGGAUACUUAACUUGUCACCCCAACAAUGGAGAAGUUAUACUGUGGAGACAAUGUAUCACACUAUCAGAGACUGGGGCUCAACUUGAUACCAACUAUAGAGUAAUUCUACAGAACAGGAAUAUUAGAAAUGGUUAAAUAAUGACUGAUAUGUUGGUUGAAAUCAAGUGUCCAGUAAGAAAGUAACAGUGCAAUGUGGAUAAUUUAGGUCACAAAAUAGCUCCCAGCCUGAAUCUGCUUCUGCAGAAAUCAUUUCAAGAAGACAUCUUCUGAACAAAGAAGACAUGUGAUUUGGUACCAAUUUCCAUCAGCUGGUGCAUGGACAAAAACAUCAAUGCGAAAAGGCAAAACUGUAAUCCUUUGUACCUUGACUAAAUUACCUAGAAUUAAAUAAAAGGUGUAAAUGGUA